GCGAAUAUCCAAUAGGAAAGGGCGGCUUACAAACGUUCGGGACAGUUGGACAGCCAAUAGCACGUCGCGAAAGAAGAGCCACCAAAUUUGUAUUUUUCGGCACGAGCUACUUCUUCUAUUUGUUUCAGGUCUGGUGAGUUUUUCAAACAUGAUGGAUGCCCUGUCGGUGGUGUGUCAGCUGCGGGACCUGGCCUCUGAACCGCAGAACCGAGCUGUGAUCGUCCAGGACCAGGGUUGUCUUCCAGGACUGGUUCUCUUUCUGGACCACCAGAAUGCAGAAGUGCUGUUUGCAACCCUGCAGACUCUUCGUUACCUGGCUGAAUUUCCUCCCAAUGUACCCAUUAUGAAGAAUGAGCUGGGUAUGAUGGUGAGCUUGGAAAACCUCAUCAGAAGAGAGGGCCUGUCUCUUGACAUCACAGCUCUGGCUAAAGAGGUUUAUGGCAUUCUGAGAGAGCCCGCUAAUCCAGCACCGCGCACACCAGAGAGGCCGAAAAGAAGGAAGCCCCAGUUCUUCAUCAAUUCCACCAACAAGAAGGCCAAGUCUGUCACACUACACAUCCAGGGCUUGGACAGCACUCAUCAAAGAAGCUUAUGUGAGGAGGCUCUUCUGAAAGUCAAAGGGGUGAUCAGCUUCACUUUUCAAAUGGCCUCUAAGAGAUGUACAGUCCGUAUCCGUUCAGACCUUCCCACCGAGAGUCUGGCAACGGCCAUCGCUUCCACCAACGUGUUGUCGGCUCAGCAGGUGGUGAAAAACGAGGCAGGGGAGGAGGUUUACAUGGCUCUCAACUCAAGUGGCGUUCAGGUGCCACAAAACUCAGCCCUCCCAGACUACCUCCCAGAGGAAGAGGAGAGCCCAGAGACGGAGGUUGACAAAGCCAUUUCCCGCACUGCGGCUAAAGAAGAUUCCACUGGGAGCUGGCUGAGCGCUGCUGCAGGUUUCCUGACAAAAACCUUCUACUGGUGAAGCUCAGACUGUGUCACAAAAGUGUCGGGUGGACUCCUCCCUCUCACUGCAGUGGGCUUUACCUACAAUGAGCCCACGCGAGAGGCUUAAAAUCUCUCACUCAACGAGCAACAACAGAUCAUCGCUAUGUAUAUAAGCAGAUUUGCUGUCUAAAAAUCUUCAAAACUGACGUCUAAACUUGAGCGUAUGUCCCAUUGCUGUUUUCUGUCCAUAUAUUCCAUAUAAAUGUUCCUUCCAACUUCAAUAUUUGCCUUUUCUAGGCAGAAUUUACCUCCUAACAUGUACAAAGGGGGAAGGUUUCUGAUCACUUCUGUCAUUCUUCUAAAUCUUUACAUCUCUCCUGCUGUUUGUAAUUAGUUGAACUGGUUUAUGUUGAAAUAAAUGUACAAAAUAUUAUCUGUA